CUGCAACUUGAAUGAACUAACGAACAACAUAGCGAUAUCCCCUUGUACAUCGCAGCAGGUCUCACCGUGCUUCCAUCCAUCAGAAUGUCACCCAUCUCGCGCAUGGCUCGUCUCCUUCUCAUCUUACAUGCGUUCGUCAACAUAGUCUUCGGCAUCUACCCCUUCGUCAACCCCGGAGAAUACGCUGCCAUCACUGGCGUAGAAGGUCCAGACAAGACCUUGCAAUCGAUUGGUCUGGGUGGAAUAGCAGUCGGCUGGUACCAACUCAUCUUCACCCUCCAAGGCAACCGUCGCAUGAUUGCUUCUACGAUCCCGAUGAGAUUGGGCUUUGCCGCAGUCAUGUAUAGUUGGGAGAAGCAGCCUGUGAUGAUUUACGAGCUUAUUGUUGUGUGGUUUUGUUUACUCGGGGUGUUUGCUUAGAAUAAGGAAACCACAGAGGAAGAUCGAGAGAGAAUAGAAAGAGGUGAACGAGAUGGUAAUCAGGAUCUGUGAAGUUCGAAUGGGACGUAAGAGCUACUUCAUUGUCGAUCUAUGCUAUCUAUUCGCGAACAACCCCAAGCUAGACAUGAAGACAAUUCUUGAAUAAGAAUGCUACGUAACCCCUUGUCCC